AUGUUCAGUGCUGUUCUUUUCUUCUUGGUGUUCUUAGCUGUGGCCCUGCUUGGCCGGCGGCAUGCCAGACUUCUCCGGGGGAAGGCUUAUGGGGAUAUGCCUGGCCCAUGGGCCCUGCCCCUCAUCGGAAACCUCUCUCACAUGUUUCACCCUGACCUUCCUGUCCACUUCCUCAAGUUAACCGAGCUAUACGGACCCAUCUACCACCUUCGCUUUGGGAACAAAGAUGUGGUAGUCCUGAACAGUUCGGAUCUCAUUCGGGAGGCGCUGACUCGGAAAUGGACUGACUUCGCUGGGCGUCCUUACAGCUUUGUUGCAAACCUUAUUUCACUGGGAGGCAGGGACCUGUCCUUGGGGGACUACACGCCAGCCUGGCGGUUGCAAAGGAAACUGACUCACAUGGCCUUUCAGCGCUGCCUGCGGGGAGACAUGGAGCAGAUUGUCAGGAACCAAGCUCAGCGUCUCUGCCAGGUUUUCCGUGGUUACAGGGGGGAACCUGUGGAUGUGGCCCGUGAUUUUUCCUUGCACGCCUGUCAGGUCAUCUCUGCCAUGAUGUUUGGGCCUUUGGACAGUUCUGCCAUUAAAGAAAUUCAUGACUGCACCAUAGAGCUGGUAGAAAGAUGGAGUGCUGUUUCCGUACAGGUUCUGGAUUUUCUGCCCAUCCUUCGGGUCUUCCCCAACGCUGCUUUACGGAAACUGCUUUCCUGUGUUGCAAAGCGAGAUGCCUUUGUCCAGGACAUGAUGAAGAAACAUGAGGAGUCCCGCCAUCCCACAGAAAUGCGAUACAUGGUGGACCACAUGCUGCAGAUCCUACAAGAGCAUGUUGCUGACAAGCGAAGGGAUCUGGGCCUCUCGCCGGAGCACAUCCAUAUGGCCAUUGUUGACCUGUUCAUCGGGGGAACAGAGACCACUGCUGCCUUGCUCACAUGGACCGUGGCGUUCCUGCUACACCGGUCAGAGAUUCAAGAUAGAAUCCAUCAUGAGAUAAUGACAGUCAUAGGUUUUGAUCGUGACCCUACCUACAGUGACCGGGAGCAUUUGCCAUACCUGAGUGCCACCAUCACAGAGUCCCUGCGCCUGCGUCCCUCGGCCCCUCUUGCUCUUCCCCAUGUGGCCACCCGAGACACAAGCCUGUCUGGUUUCCCCAUCCCAAAGGGCACAACCAUCAUCCCCAAUCUCUAUGGGGCCCACCAUGAUGGAAGCAAGUGGGAUUGCCCCCUGGAGUUCAGACCAGAGAGAUUCCUGGAGAGCGAUGACUCGUCUUCUUAUGAGGCCCAGCGGAAUCUGGUACCCUUCAGCUGUGGAGCACGGGGCUGCCUCGGGGAAGCCUUGGCGCGCAUGGAGUCAUUCCUCUUCCUCGCGCACAUCUUGCGGGAUUUCCGGAUAUUGCCCCCGCUGAGUGGAAGCCUCCCUGACCUCAGGGGACAGUUUGGGACUGUUGUGCACUGCAAGCCAUUCACAGUUCGGCUGCUACCCCGAGGGGCUGACUCUGCAGCGUGAGGGCUCCCUGCCUUGGGGAAGACACAAAGGUUCUCUUUUCUACCCUUGAUUUCAUUUUCAGUGUUUAAAAGUGCAAAUUAUACACAAUCCAACUCUGCCUCUUCCUCUCCUAGGGUUGCCAACUUCCAAGUAGGGCAUGGAGAUCUCCUGGAAUUACAACUGAUCUCCAGCCUAGAGAUCCGUUCCCUUGGAAGAAAUGGCAGCUUUGGAGGUCUCCAGGACACCGUACUCUACUGAGGACUCUUCCCCUUUCCCAAAUAUCCCCCUCCCCAAACUCAAUCCCUAGGAAUUUUCCAACCUGGAGUUGGCAACCCUGCCAAUUAAGGAGUCAAAGGUCUUCUGAAGAAGAGGGUAAAAAACCAAACACUUUAAUGGUAACAAUGCCUGUACAAAUAAAGAGAUUAAAUGAUAACUUUACGGGCCCCUCUGUUUCUUUGUUCAAGAUCAAGCUGCUUUGUGUGUGUGUGUUUAUAUAGGGUGUGGAAAUGAGGAGGAGUGUUGUGAAGGAAGACAGAAGAGGAAGUGCUAGGUUAUACGGCAUUUGGACUGCUGGGAAAAUGUGAUGCACUGGAAGCCGUACUUACUUAGAGCCAGAUUAGAUGUUCACUUAAAUAAAUUUCUUUUUAGACAUUCAGUUUUGGUUCACUCACCCAAUUCAGGUCAGAGCAGCAAAAUGGGGAAAUAACUCCCCUCCCCCAAAGUGUUGUUUCAGUUUAGAAGAUGGCUGGAGGGACAGGAGCCCCUCCUCUCCCCACAGUGGCCUUCUGAGCUCAAAUAGUCUCUACUUUAUUUUUUAAUAGCCAUUCCCUGCACAUGUGGAGCGAGCAGCCGAGGUCCAUCAAGGUUGAAAGUGUCUUAGUUUGUUGUGAAGUUUGAGAGUUUAUAAACCUUUGAUGA